AUGACGAGCAAAACUGACGAGGAAACCCUAAAACUGGAAAAAAAAUUCAUUUCUCGUCUGUCGUCACUGUCAAGAAAAAGAGGACAGAGGAUUGAGGUAUUACGUUAGAAUAAAAUUUGUUAUAAUUCAGUAUCAAGCUUAUGCUCUGGUUUAGGAAAGUCCACUAAGCUCUCAAAUUUGGUACUUGAUCUAAGUGAAAAUUAAAUUGGUAAAAUGCUCCUAGGCCUAAACUAAGGCUUAUGUUCUGGUUUAGGAAAUUGCGCUAAUCUCUCAAAUUUGGCAAUUAAUCUAAGGUAAAAUGAAAUUUAUUCAAAUACACUAGCAAGCUUAGGUACUGAUUUAGGAAAUUGCAAGAAUCUCUCAAAUUUGACACUUAAUCUAAGUAAAAAUAAAAUUGCCUAAAUUUAUGCAGGCUUUUAUUCUGGUAUAGGAAAGUGCACUAAGCUCUCAAAUUUUACACUUCUUCUAACUGAAAAUCAAAUGAAUUUAGAAAUCCCAUCAGGCUUAUGUUCUGGUUUAGGAAAUUGCUCUAAUCUCUUAAAUCUGAAACUUGAUCUAAGUCAAAAUUAAAUGGUCAAAAUUAAUGAAGACUUAUGCUCUGGUUUAGAAAAGUGCACUAAGCUCUCAAAUUUUAUACUUCUUCUCAUGUAAAAACAGUUUAUUUUUUUAGGAUUGUGGUUUUUAGAAUUAAAAUGA